CCUUCUUCAAUUAGACACGUCGUCAGACGAGAGCAUUGCUCAUGCCACUGAUGAAAUCAAACAAAAAUACGGCGGUCAACUAGAUAUAAUCAUCAACAAUGCAGGUAUUGUUCCCAAAGACAAAAGCAUCCAGGCAGCUCGAGAAACGUUCGCUACUAACUAUUAUGGUAUCAAAACACUCAAUGAAAAUUUGAUUCCUCUGUUACGCGAAAAUGGCCGUGUGAUCAAUGUAGCUAGUAGAGCGGGCGCAUUGACAUUGCAUGGUGUCUCGAAAGAUCUUCAACAAAAAUACACAUCAUCAACGCUGACUACAGAACAAUUAGAUCGGCUUGUUGAAGAUUUUAUUUCAGCAGUCGAAACUAACACUGUCGAAAAAAUUGGAUAUACCAGCGAGUUGCCCCUUUUGCCUUAUGGCGUCUCCAAAGCAGCUCUUAUCGCGCUCACUCAAAUCGAAGCACGUCAAUGGUCUAAUGCGAAGAAAGUAUUUGUAUAUGCUGUGUGUCCGGGCUAUUGUAGCACCGAUAUAAAUAGACAUGCUCAAGGUAGUCGGCCACCGGAACUUGGUGCAGUUUCCAUCUUACAUGUAGUCAACACUCCUCCAGAUGAGCUCGAAAAUGGUGCGUUCUACCAGGAUGGUAUACGGUUACCACAAAUUUAUGCAGACGAUGACAAAGUUCGUGAAGCCAUUGAACGCAUAAAGAAACUCAGCUUGUCAAUGUGA